CUUUUCUAGACUUCAAUAUUUUUUAUUGGAUUACUUUCUGAAUAGUCUUAUCAUAUUUAAAUUUAUCGCCAUAAUAAACGAAUGGUUUUUGUAAUAUUCUGGUAGUAUCUUUUUGCUGUCACUCAAAAUAAUAUAAAAUAAUAAUCAUGGUUCGCACUACAAUAUUUUCGAAAUCAAAUUAUCGUCUAUAUAAACAAAAUAUAGCAAAAAAGGUAAACAAUAAUAUACAUUUAAAUUAGAAAUUAAAUAUCAUUCUUACCAUUUAAAAACAUAAAUAAUCACCAUAUUAAUUACAUAAAUGGACAACAUCAAUGGCAUAUCUACUCGGUCAUUUAUUUAAUGAAUGCUCAAUUUGGCUUUAUUAAAUGAUCUAUCAUACAAUAACACUAACCGUUUUAGGAUUUAUACAACUUGCAGAAAAACUAUAAAUUUUUAGUGUUAAAUUUAAAUUUUGAAAGAGCGUAUUCAAUAUAUUUUUUAUAAAAGAUAUUUUUAUUAAAUUAUGUGAUAUUAAUUGUUUUUAAUAUUAAUACCGACAAAACAUGUUUGUUUAUACAUUUUUUUUUGAAAAUCAAAGAAAAAGCUUCCUGUGGGAGGGGAUCAGAAUACUAUCCUCAAAUACUAACACAGUAUAUCUACCUGUCGUUGGGCUUGGCUUCAAUAGUAAAUAAAAUGAGAGAAAAUGGAUGGUUUGAGCAUGUCAUGGGGUAAGAAAAUUGAAGCAGUAAGCAUUGUAAUGAUAAUAAACACAGUUGAAAAUAGAUUAUGAGAAAGACUGAAAAAUAUAUUGUUGAAUGGCAUUAAGAAUAUGUAGACGGUUAGUGUAUGCAAAAUGGGAUAUCUGGUCAGUUGAAAGUUUAGAACGAGGGUGGCCGACCCUUAAGAGUUGGGAUGAAGGCGAAGAAGAAGAAAUAAAACUGCAUUCAUAUAUAUAAUUAAGAUGGAUAUUUUGUUGAUUAAUAAUAAUAUAUAAUUAAUUAUUUUAUAGGUGGCCUGUGCAAUAAAUAAUAAUUCUCCUGAUAUAAUCAAUGACCUGAUGGAUAACCUAAAAGUAGGCAUAGGGAAUUCUAAGAAUGAAAUUGGUUUUCAUAUGCCUCUUGAUAUUCUUAAAAAAUACUCAAAAAAAAAUCAAGGUUCACUAUUAAAUACAAAAAAUAAAAAUAUGAUGAUUUCUGAACUAAAUACACAACAUGUAUUGAUACAUUUAAAUAAAUCUGAUUUUAUAAACAAUAUUCUUAAAAAUGAAAUUGAUAAAAUUCCACAACCUCAUCUACAGAGUUCAAAACCUCGCAUUAUUGAAUUCAGGUAAUGGGUAAGUUAUAUUAUACCACAUUCAACAUGUAUAUUUUAAAUGCUUUUUAUUUUAAGGAGUUUAUUAUAAUGUAAUGUAUAAAUUAUUUCACAAUUAUUGUAGUUCUCCAAAUAUAGCAAAACCAUUUCAUGUUGGACAUUUACGCUCAACUAUUGUUGGAAACUUCAUUUCUAAUUUAACAAAUUUACUUGAUGGUCAAGUUGUACGUGUUAACUACUUGGGUGAUUGGGGACCUCAGUUUGGAUAUACACUUCUAGGACUAGAGCAAACAAAACACUAUAUUUCUAAUAACAAUAUGACAAUAGAGUCUUUACAUAAUGCCUAUAUUCUAGCCAAUAAAAUGGCAAAACAGGACUCUAAUGUUCAUCAGAAAGCCAAAUCUAUAUUUAAUGAUUUAGAAUGUGGUAAAUCUCCAUCACAUAUCAAUCAUCUAUGGACUGAAUUUAGAUCAAUAACUAUUAAAGAAUUAGAAAUUAUUUAUGAAAGACUUGGAAUAGUUUUUGAUGAAUAUGAUUGGGAAUCAAAUUAUUCUAUAGAAAAAAUUCAAGACGUUUUAAAAAUAAUGUAUGAAAUUGGUUUAUUGAAAUCUAAAGAAGAUGGAUCUACUGUUGUAUAUUCUAAUAAUCAAGAAAUUACAAUUUUAAAAAAUGAUCAUUCUACACUAUAUAUAACACGAGAUAUAGCUGCAGCACUUAAACGACACAAAUACUAUGGUUCUGAAGAUCUACUUUAUGUUGUUGAUAAUACUCAAAGUAAACAUUUUUACUUAUUAAAAUCUUUAGUUAAUCAAAUAAAUGCAAAUAUAAAUGUGCACCAUAUACCAUUCGGAAGAAUACACGGUAUGAGUUCAAGAAAAGGCGAAGGAGUAUUAUUAGAUCAACUUCUAAAUCAAGCAAAAUCUACUAUGAAAUUGAAAAGAAAAUAUUCACCAAGUUAGUAUUAAUUCUAAUGUAGGAUAUUCUUUAGUGUUCUUAAUAUACAUUUUUCAGCUACUAAAAAAAAUACAUUAGAUGAUGAUCAAGUUGCUGAUAUACUAGGAAUUUCUGCUAUAGUUAUUAAUGAUUUAAAACAAAGACGCAAAAAGGAUUACAAUUUUUCUUGGGAAUCAGCAUUACAAGUAUUUUUGAUUUGUUUAAUAAUUGGUUAAGUUCUAAUCAAUCAAAGUUCAUAAAUAAAUAAUAUCGGAAUACAAUUAAAAAUACUUUUUAUUUUAUUUAAGGUAAAUGGAGAUACAGGUAUAAAAUUGCAAUAUACCCAUUGUCGUUUAGUAAGUUUAGAAGAAAUGAAUUUCAAUGUAACACUGCCAAAUGAAGUUAUUGCAGAAUGUUUUACAGAAACGGUAGCAAUUGAAUUACUUCUGGAAAUAUCCAGGUAAAUUAGUUAUGAAAAUUUAGUUAUUAUAAUAUAAAAUUAUAUUAUCUUUUUUCAGGUUUGAAGAUAUUUUAACUGAAACUAACCAAGAAUUAGAAGCUUGUAUUUUAGUUAAUUAUUUAUUUAGAUUAUGCAAUUGUAUCAACAAAGCCUUGAAAGUUCUAAAUGUUAAAAACUCCAGUAGUGCAAUUGCUCAACAAAGGAUUUUAUUAUUUCACAAGGCUAAGGAUACACUUAGUUCUGGAAUGAAAAUUUUAGGAUUAGUUCCAUUGAAAUGUAUGUGAUUUAUUAAUGCAGUUAACAAUUUUGUAUAGUGAUAUAUUGCUCUGCUAAUUUUGCCUUGCAAAAAAUAAAUUUAUAACAAGUUUAAAAUAAGCAAUGCAACUUUGUUUUUGAUUAAUUGUUCAAAACAAAUAAAAAUUGAGAACAUUGAAUUAUAAACUGGUUACAUAAAAAAUGUAAAUAAAUUUACAAAUUUUAACAAGGUUUAUAAAUAUUAUUUGUUUGUAUUUUUCACUUUAAAAGAAAUAUAAUUUAGUAUGUAUACAUAUGUGUACAAAAUUC